CCUAAACAUCCUCUAAUCGAAAAAUCGCCUGAAUCAAUCUAGAAAUCAGAGAAUCAUCAAACCCUAAUUUUCCAUCUUCUUCAGAGCAGAUUACUAUUGUAUUGGGAAAGACACAGAGAUGGAUUGGGAUAGCGUAGCUGCGGGGGAUGUGAUGGAGGCGCUAAGAGAAGUCGAGUGGUCGACGAGUCCUCGUUCUUUGGCGGAGUUCUUCUCCAGAUUCGCCUUCCCUCGCUCUUUCUCUAAAUGGAUGAGCCGUCUCAAAUGCAAUCUCUACUACUAUAGGACGAAUUACUUUCUCAUGUUGAUUCUCGUUCUAGGUCUUGCACUUAUCACCCGACCUCUUGCCAUCAUUGGCGCUGCUCUCACAGCCUUAAGCUUAGCUUUCCUCAACGACAGCUUUGCAGCUACUUUCAAUGAAAAGGCUAUUCGGAUCAUUAGGCAAUUCUCGCCGCAUUUAGCUGCAAAGAUGAGGCCUCCUCACAUGCCUGUGAUUCGUGGGCGAUCUGCGUCUAGGAAGACGGUCUACGUUUGUGGCCAACCACGUUUGGUGUUCGUGUUGCUUGGAUUAACCGCCAGCUUUGCCUUGUGGUUUACUUCCUGCGGUUUGUUAUGGGUUCUCUAUGCACUUGCCACUGCUCUUCUUAUGAUCAUGCUUCAUGCAAGCCUCCGAACUCCGAACCUCAAGGCACGCUUGAACACAUUCCGUGAAGAGUUCAGAGCUGUGUGGCGUAACUACAGUGAACUUUAAGUCAAUCCAAGCAGGGGAUAUCACUUGGUCAAGUUAGGGCAUAAAUUCCAAGUCAUUCCUUCAUGGGCGUCGAAAACAAUCACAGUUAUUUUUUCUUAUCUUUUAGUUAGCUAGUAAUUGUAAAGCCACUUGUCUGGUUAAGUUGAGUAGAACCACAGGGUUGGUUGAUAAAUCGCAGACAGAAUAUAGUGUUGUGUGCUCUUGAGGUUCAUCGUAAUGCUGCUGCUGCUUGCUCAACACCUAAGUCUGUGUAUCCAUCCAUGGUUCAUACUCUUUUAGUCUUUUACAUUGUUUUAGUGAUUCAGCUUUUCAAUACCUUCUUUUGCUUCUUCUACGCAGACUUUUCAGUUUUGAAAUAGAAAUGCAAUGCAUUAUGAGUACUCAUGCAUUAUUAUUGUGUCACCAGUCUAUAUGUGUUGUAUUGCUUGCGGAAUGAAUUCUGGAAACU